UAUGACCCUCCAUCCAACGCCACAGUCGGGAAUACAAACAAAGUCGUGCUUUCAGCAUUGAUACAUUCAUCUCAUUCAGCCCAAGAGAUCUUUGCUGUUCUGUUGCGAAAUAGUCGUCACCUGCUACACUCAAAGAAGAGUAGACCCGUUUUCUUGAAAGAUAAAUUUCAGUUUUCAAUUAAUUCAGUGCGAAGUUCACACGCAAUUUAAGACUGGAAAGGGCAUAAUUAGUGGUAAUUAAGAGUAAUCACUUAAAUAAUUAAUUAAUCAUUAGGGGUAAAUUUAGCCAAGGUCAAGGGUCAAUAAUAAGCGAAGAUGAGUGUAUUUAGCAGGUUGUCGAUAACCAUGAGUCGAUACCCCACAUUAACGGCAUCAACUCAAGCGGGUCUGAUAAUGUGCUCUGGGGAUCUCAUUAGUCAGAAAUUCGUCGAGAAAAAACAAACGAACGAAAUUGAUCUCAUCAGAACUGUCCGUUUUGGUCUGGUGGGGUUUAUCCUUGUGGGACCAGUUCUUAGAACCUGGUAUGGGUUUUUGGAACGAAGGGUUGUAAUGAAAACGCCUGCGUUAUCAGCAGUCGCUAAAAUGGCGACGGACCAACUUAUCCUGGCUCCUACAUUCAUAUUCAACUUUAUGGGACUUAUGGGAGUUUUAAAUGGACAAACCUUUUCAGAAAUUCAGACUGAUAUUAAGAACAACUAUGUUGACAUUAUGCUAAAAAAUUAUCAGCUCUGGCCUGCAGCACAAAUGAUCAACUUUUGGCUUAUUCCACUGAGGCAUCGAGUAUUGUUUGCCCAAAGUGUUGCUUUAUUUUGGAACACGUACCUCUCGUUCAAGACCAAUAAUAAAUCUUUUAAAGGCAAGGAAUCUGAUGUACCACAAAUAUCACUAGCUCUCUAGCUACAUACAGGCUGCUAGGAUUGUCAUAGUCUCUAAUCAUUCUUAUUACAAAUGACUUUCAAAUUGUUUCUAGCUUGAUCAAAGAUAUAAGCAAGCAGCGAGAAAUUCACAAAAUUAGAAAUAAAAUAUGCGGUGCUUCAUAUUUAUUGUCAGUUAAGAAUGAAAUUCAAAGUCAUGUGUUUGUAACAAAAUAAUUUAUUUAUAUAUCAUUGUAUUCUUCCCAUGAUAAUUAAUGAAUAAUAAACAUUAUGUAUAAGACUGAAA